AGUUUGCCGCGCGUCAGCGUCUGUGGCCUUGGUGCCAUGGGCAUUGGCAUGCCCAGGAACCUGAUCAUGAACGGCUUCACGGUCUCUGGCUAUGAGAUUGUCCCCGCCCUCGUCGACAUGUUCGUUCAAAGAGGAGGAAAGGCAAUCUUGAGUCCCAAGGAAGCCGCCGAAGCCGCCGAAGCGCUGCUCGUCAUCGUCAUCAACCACUUCCAGGUCUCGUCGGCCUUCUUC